AGAUGCUCAGGCAGAAGUUGUGACAGAAUACUGACACACCUCCUCCACUCACACCAGCUCCUCAACAGACAGACAGACAGCCCAACAGCCCAACAGCUGGUCCAUCUCUCAACAAAGACAGACUUUAGUGUGAAAUGAGAAGACGGAUUAAACUCUAGCAAUGUUGAACAGGCGUGUUGUGAGAGUCAGGAAUGCUCUGGUGCGCGAGUGCCUGGCUGAGCUCUUGGGAACUUUCGUCUUGCUGCUGUUUGGCUGCUCUGCUGCAGCGCAGGUGAAGACAAGCAGAGACACCAAAGGCCAGUUCCUGUCAGUCAACAUGGCCUUUUCUGUGGGUGUGAUGUCGGCUAUGUACCUCACCAAGGGCAUCACAGGUGCUCAUCUGAACCCGGCGGUGACUCUGAGUUUCUGUGUGUUGGGACAGGUGCCCUGGGGAAGGCUGGUGCCCUACUCCCUGAGCCAGCUGCUGGGGGCUUAUCUGGCCUCAGGCCUCGUCUACCUAGUCUACUAUGAUGCUAUAAUGGAUUUUAGUGGAGGAGUAUUGACCGUUUAUGGCCCAAAUGAAACGGCGUCUAUAUUUGCCACAUAUCCUUCAGAGUACAUCACUUUGGGCAGAAGUUUCCUUGACCAGGUAGUGGGCACUGGCAUGCUGAUGUUGUGCAUCCUGAGUUUGGAUGAAAAGAGGAACGCUCCGGCUCCCCCAAAGCUGAUUCCUCCGAUAGUGGCAACGGUCGUCCUGGGGAUCUCCAUGUCGAUGUCAGCCAACUGUGGUGCUGCCAUCAAUCCUGCUCGGGACCUGGGGCCACGCCUCUUCACACUGACGGCCGGCUGGGGCACUGAGGUCUUCACGUGUUACAACUACUGGUUCUGGGUGCCCUUGGUGGCCCCACUUAUUGGAGGUGUUAUAGGCAGUUUCAUGUAUGUGAUCUUCAUCCACUGGCACCUGCCUGACCCAGAUCCCGCUGAGAGCCUCUCCAUUCUCUCCACCAUCAGUGACAAAAUCCAGCAGCCCAGCAGCACGUGUGACACUGGAGUCGAGCUAAAGGCUACACAUCUCUAAGUGUUACUGUCAUGGACAUAUGUCAGCACGACCAAUACUGACAGUUAAAUACUUGUGAAUUACAGAAUUAUGAUUGAGAAAGCAGAAUCGGAUCUUCGUCACUGUUAAGACGCUCACACAUAUAUCUGUUUUCUUCUGUUGGAGGAAUAAUGGAAGAAUGUCUUAUUUAUGAGCUUCUUUGAUACAGCUAGUGGACUGGAGGAAGCUAAUAUAUAUAUUAAUGGUAUUAAAAUGCUGUUUACAUUUAUUUAUGAAGUAUAUAUAUUUAAAAUAUAUUACUGAGUUGUAUGACAUUUUUAUGAACAGCAUUAUGACUAUUGAGCAUAAGUUAAACUCAUUCAAUAAAACUUUAACCUGAAAAAACUCUAAAUUAUAAUUAAUAUAAUUAUAUUAUAUAUACAAUAAGCUAUGCAGUGUUGCGUUAUUUCUAUAUCUCUUAUUUUUCUAUAUAAAUAUUAAAUGUAAUCGCUUCCC